GCUAUUUCGUCUGUUUGUAUAAAUGCUGCUGACUACAUUGUAGGGGCUCAUGAUAACAGUAGAAAUUCAAGUUUGAAAGUACUCAAGUUUUCCGACUUAGAAAGGGCUACAAGAGAAUUUAGUGAAGCUUUUCACUUGAAUGCAGACGGGUUUUCAGAUGUAUUCUUAGGUUGGGUUGACAAAAACACAUUCAUCCCUUCAACAGAGGGUGUUGGAAUUCCUGUUGCUGUUAAAAGAUACCAUAUUGAUGAUCCACAAUAUUGGCAGACGGAGGUGACAAUCUUAGGAAGGUUGACUCAUCCAAAUAUUAUCAGCCUCUUGGGAUACUGUGAUGAUAAAGACAAAUAUUUGGUUGUUUACGAGUACAUGCAGAAUCGAUGUCUUCACCACUUCUUAUUCACAGAUGCACGAGAUGUUGCGAAACCACUUUCCUGGGAAACAAGAAUUAAGAUAAUGAUAGGAAUAGCACGUGCACUCGCUUAUAUACAUUCUUUAGACAAUCAAGUCGUACACCGUGAUGUUAAAACAACUAAUAUAUGGUUGGAUAAGGAAUUUAAUGCAAAACUAGGGGGGUUUGAUUUGGCAAAAUUUGGACCAAAAACAGGAGAAAAUGAUGCUACUACAUGUAUAAAGGGUACAUUUGCUUAUAUGGCCCCCGAGUAUGCAUUCAAGGGUCUUGUGAGUGUGAAGAGUGACAUCUAUAGUUUUGGAGUAGUGUUGCUGGAAACGUUAACAGGCCACAGGGCAUUAGAAUUUGACUUCGGUUUGGUAAAAUGGGCAACUUCAGUCCUAGCAGACAUAAGCGAGUUAAAGAAAAUAAUAGAUCCAUAUCUUGGACAAAAUUACCCUGUAGAAGGUGCUUUUGAAUGCGUUGCACUUGCAUUAACAUGUGUAGCUGUGGAUCCAAAGUAUAGACCUUCCAGUGAAGAAGUGUUAAUGAACUUGGAACGAAUAUAUGUCAUUAAAAGAUAAUGGAUAAAGAUAUGUGUAACAGGGUAUUAACAGAACUUAUGUUUUGUUUGAUGUGGUCUCUUUUGUUUGUUCUACUUUAACUUUUCUAAUUUGGCAGCAUCUAGUGAUUUUUUAGAAUCUUUACUCAAUGAAAUCUGUUUUU